CCUGCAUCUUCACACCCACCAAACAGCGUCUCUCUCUCUCUCUCUCUCUCUCUCUCUCUCCUGUUACUUUCUGGGAUUAUUAGGCACUGGUACUGAAUUCAACAACUGGGUCAAUGUCGACGGUGUCAAAGGAGGAUAACAUGGUCUUCUCAUCCGAGGUUUCUUCAUCAUACCCAGAUGAGUCUGAGCUUCAAUUAGGUCUUGGGUUGAGUCUAGGUGGUGGUGGUGGUGUUUUGAAGUCUAAACAAGUUCCAACUCCAUGGGGUCAGUUUGGUAGGAUAUUGACUGCUAAAGAUUUCCCUUCUGUGGUUACUAAAGCUUCUUCUUCUUCAUCAUCAUCUUCAUCAUCUUCUUCUGUGACCAAAGCUAAUGUCUCUUCUGGUACCAAGAGAGCUGCUGAUUCUGUGCCAUCACCUGCAAAUGGUGCCAGCAAUCAGGUUGUUGGAUGGCCUCCUAUAAGAGCUUAUAGAAUGAACAGCUUGGUUAACCAAACAAAAUCACCACCCUCUGAAGAAUUUAACUCAACAACUGAGAAAAGUAAAAGCAAGGAUGGUUUGGUAGACAUGACUAACAAUGGCAGCAAAAAGAACAUUAACAAUGGUAAGGAAAAAGGACUCUUCAAGACUUCCCCGUUUGUGAAGGUGAAUAUGGAUGGAAUCCUGAUUGGAAGAAAGGUAGAUCUGAAUGCUCAUAGCUGCUAUGAGACCUUAGCGCAAACAUUGGAAGAAAUGUUUUGUAAAUCAACAUCAAACCUCAGCGCAAGACGAUCAAGCAUAGAGGAGGACUAUAUGAUAGAAAAAACUGGAGCCUCAAAACUAUUGGAUGGAUCAUCUGGGUUUGUGCUCACCUAUGAAGACAAAGAGGGAGACUGGAUGCUUGUUGGAGAUGUUCCUUGGGGGAUGUUUCUUAGCUCCGUAAAAAGGCUUAGAAUCAUGAAGACAUCUGAGGCUAAUGGACUUGCUCCAAGGUUUCAAGAAAGUAAUAGGAGACAAAGAAGUAAGCCCAUCUAGAUUACAUUCCCACCUUUUCAUAAAGGUGAAUACAACCCAUUACUUGAUGGGUGAAAUACAAAAGAAAAGAGAGUGAACAAAUGAUGAAAGCAUUUUAUAAAGUAACGACUGGUUAUUCGUGGGUCAUUUGUAUGUUUUUGGUCUUUCCUGUAUAUGCUAUUAUAUCUUUCGCAUCUGGGAGAGCUGGCAUUUUGUCCUGAAGCUAAAAAGCACUUCAGUUUUGUGUCAUAUAUACAUCCUUCAUUCGGAGUUGUUUACCGAUUUUAUAACUAUGGUAGUGCUUAAUCAAUAUGGUUAUGAGUUUGCUGCACCCCAAAAUGGAUUCAUUUGAUCCUUGUUAAUGGAAAGAAAGAUGCAUGGUUUGUGCUUUUGAAA